AUGUUGUUUGAAUUCAUCACUCUGGUUUUUGCCACCGCAUUUUGUUGUUGGUAUUGGAUUUAUCAGGGAAAAGUGAGUUCUGCCAUUGCUCAUUUUAUGUUUCAAAAAAUAACAUUUUAUAGCAAAAUCAAAAUCAAUCAAUUCGAACACAAACAUCAACAAGAUCUGCACAAACCACAAGAUCAUCAAAUUUCACAGAUACAGAUAAUGUUCAAACAGCAAGAUCGAUGCGCGAUUUUUCAAUUUGUUCAACUUCUUCGCUGGCUCCAUUGGAAUCAAAACAUGAUAGAUUGAUAAGUCCAAUUAAUGUCAAUACUCCAUGUUCUGAAACCGAUUCGAGAUCAACGAAAAAUACGGUACUCCAGAAAAAUUCUGAUCAAAGAAUUCUCAUUUUCUUCCAGCUCGCAAAAUCUCCAUCCGAUUCACAACAAAAUACAUUGAAUGGAAAAUCGGAACAAUGGCCAGUUUCUACAGUAAUCAAGGUUUGCGAAUGUAUUUAUUAUUCACUGGUUUUUUACAUUGGAAAUUUUUCAGGAUUCAAAAGAGAACAACAAACAAAAAGAACAAGCUUAUAGCACUUCUCAAUGGCCAGGAGCAACAAGAAAAUUUUGA